AUGUCUCUCUGGAAAAAUGCUGUAGGUGAAAAAGAACAGCGAAGAUUACAGAAAGCUAGAGAUACUAGAUGGUGGGAUAAGGAAAGUGCUCUUAAUAAUAUAUUUGGAUCACCCAUUGAUGGUUUUAAUAGUGCUAUGUAUGUUUGUAUUAUCAGUGCAUUGUAUAAAAUAGAAACAUCUGAUAAAUUCAGUUCAAAUAUUAGGCUAAAAGCAAAAUGUUUAAAAACUGAGCUCUUGAAGUAUUCUACUAUAUUAACUGCAUUUAUAUACCAAAGAAUAUUUGAAAUAACAGGGCCACUAUCAAAAUAUUUGCAAACAAGCGGUAUUGAUUUAAUAAAAUCUCAAGAACUUGUAAAUGAUGCAUUAAAACGUUUAAUAAUUAUACAAUGA